AUGCUGUUCGAUCCCAGGGGUACCAAGUGGGUGCUGUAUGGCACCCUUCUCAUCUGGGCUCUGGCCUUCUUCGUCAUCGGUUUCCGAACGGCACACGAUAAGACUGCCACCGAUUUGCAGCACGACAAACGCGACGUCGAACCCAACAUCGACACCGAGGAAGGCGAUGACGAGGAGAAGGAUGACGAGGGGGAUGAUGAUGAUGGAUCUGCGGAUCACGACGAACACGACGAUGAUGAGGAAGACGACAAAGAUCUCGAUGAUGAGGACGAUGUUGACGAACGACGUACGACGAACGAGCGACGGAAGAAAUCAGACACCAAGAACAAGAAGAACAAACUGGCCAAGAGUUAUGCCAGCAUGUAA